GUAGUGACGAAAAAGGGUUUAUCUGUAGGGCACCUAUGUCAUACGUACCACCCGUAAAUGGAGGCUGUUUACCAGGCUGGUACCAGCUGGAGGACAGUUGUCUCCAGUCGGUAGGUCUCCAAGAUGCAGACAGGAAGGAGUACCUUGACGCAGACGUCUUCUGCCGGCAGGAAGGGGGAGGCCGGGGGAAACUCUUCCAAGUCACCAAUCAGCUGGAGCAGUCUCUGCUGGCUCUCCUGCUCCAAGAUUACGUCGGUGUGACCAAUCUCUGGAUCGGCCUGUCGGACAGCAACGAAGAGGGUCAAUUUGUCUGGUCUGAUGGCGAGCCCUUAGGCUUCAGCCAAUGGGCUCCCAACCAGCCCAACGGCUUCACGGACGUACCCAAUGAGCCGUUCCGUGACUGUGUGGAAGUGAGGACAGAUCCUAAAUAUCUUGGGGAAUGGGACGACAUCAAUUGCCUGGAACGCCGAGGAUUCAUCUGUCAGACACCUUUGUACAAAGACUUGAAUUCAACAAACGUAGUCGUCCCUCAGGAGUGCGAUGGUCAGCCGGGCUACAGUCAAUUCAAAGACGGCUGUUACAAGCUGGUCAGCCAAACGCUGUCGUUUAACGAUGCCCAGGACUAUUGCAUAAAUGAAGGCGCCUGGCUAUCUACAGUAAGGGACGGCUUCUACAACUCCUUGCUGUCCCUGCUUGUCAACUGGUUCAAGCCCACUCCUGAAUACGUAUGGAUCGGCUUGACACAAGACAAUACGAACGUUUACGGGUGGGAGCGCCCAAACCCCAACGAGGACCGGUGGCCCCUGACCUACGCGAAAUGGGAGAAGCAAUACCCUAAGGGGAACACCUGUGGGGCGCUCCAUCGUAACUCCACCUGGGUGGAUAUGGAAUGCGACACCCUCAACAUGUUCGUUUGCGAAUACACUGAAACCACGGUGACAAUAAAUCCCGAAGUCACUCACUGUGCCGACGGCUGGACAUUCAUUGGGGGACACUGCUAUAAAUUUGACACGUUGACGGGACAGUAUCCACAAAUUCACUUCACGUAUUCCGAUGCCCAGACCGAGUGCACCCUUAGGUACAACGCCACGCUGCCAGGAAUUCACGGUUACAGGGCCAACAUCGACUUCAGCAGGCAGGCUGCCUUCUAUCUCGGGGACCGAAACAUUUGGCUGGGAUUGUACCAAUCAGUGGAGGGAUAUUAUGCCUAUCAAGAUGGGAGAAUCAUUGACUAUGUCAACUGGGCUUCAGAUGCCGUGGAUACCACCAGUGAUUGCAUCAGUCUGAGUACCGAGACUGGAGAAUGGCAACACGAGGGUUGCUUCAAAUGGGGUGGAUUGGUCUGCGAAAACGACCCAUUACCUGGCCCACCAAUCCCAUGCGAAGAUGGCUGGUCGUAUUUUUCGGAGGAUUCUUGUUACUACGUCAGCGAUGCGGCAGAUGAUACCAGCUGGUUGAGUUGGGAGGAAGCGGAACAGUGGUGCAACGACAACAAGGCUCACCUGACCACGCUGAAGAAUGACGGGGAACGGGAUUUCGUCCAAAACCUGAUUGCUCCAGAUAAAGAAUCCUUCUGGAUGGGCCUGUACAGAGUCACAUCGCCGGGAGAUUGGUUCUGGUCUGAUGGAACUGCCUUUGAUACAGGGGACAGUAAUCCAUGGUCUCCAGACGACGAAACAAAUUGGAACGGCAUGGAGUACUGUGUGCUCAUCAAUGAGAACGCACAAUGGGAAGACCAUAAUUGCGGCAUCCGACGACCUUACAUCUGCAAGUGGGAUACCUCUCAGACCGAACCCAUUGUUCCCACCAAGGAGCCCCCAAUGGGAGAAUGCGCUAAAGGCACUUACAGGCUGAAAGACAGGUGCUACGAUCUGAGUUCCAUGGAUGAACCCAUGACAUGGAUGGACGCUCACAAAGAAUGUAGGAACCGCGUGGGAGAAGUAGCUGCAAUCCACAGCCAAGGUGUUCAAGCACUUCUGAGCUUUGCCCUGAAAACCGUCCAAAACAACGUCUGGAUCGGCCUGAACCGCUAUGGGGAGUUUGACCAGUACCACUGGGCGGACGGGUCCGCGUUGGACUUCACGAACUGGGCCCUGGGUGAACCCAAUAGCCCGUACCAACAGCAGGACGACGAAAACAGGAUUGACUCCUGUGUUUUGAUGGUCAACAACCCGACUUACGCAGGAAGGUGGAGUGACGUCGAUUGCGAAACGGAACACGGCUUCGUAUGCGAAAUGCGGCUUGAUGUAAAACACGAAGAACAGCCCUUCCCCUACACGCCCUGCCCCAACAAGCCCAACUAUCAUUCCGACGGAGUCUCCUGCUUCAGGAUCCUCACACACAACACCACCUUCUCCAACGCACAAGGUGACUGCGAAGAGGACGGUGCUUACCUGGCGUCCGUGGGGGACGCCUACGAAGAGGCCUUCAUCGAGAUGUUCAUGUCGUACUUUGGUGUGGACAUGGUUUGGAUCGGAAUGCAGAGGGAGGCAAUGGAGCAGUUUGAGUGGCUGGACGGAUGGCCUGUCCAGUACACCAGCUGGGCAAGCGGCUACCCGACGGGAUCCGGCAACCUCAACCGUUGCGUACUUAUGACUCACCAAGGCUGGAAAAACGUGAAUUGCUACGAUGCGUACCCUUUGGUCUGCAAGACGACAACAGCGCCCAAGCCACCCCCUCCCAACCCACCAUCCGGCCUCUGCCGCUCGGGCUGGUUUGAGUUCAAGAGCGAAUGCUACUUCUUUGACGACCAGAAUACCGAAGUCAGCUACGCGGAGGCGCUGGUCUUAUGCCAGAACCGAGGCGCAAGCGUCCUCAUGGCUAGCAGCACGGAUAGCGAGGUUAACACUUUCCUUCAGACCACGGCUCGCAGCGUCUUAGAGGUCAACAAUGUAUGGCUGGGUCUCAUCUACCAAAACGAAGAGUUCCAGUGGAUCGACGGUUCACUCUUCGUCUACACCAACUGGGCCAGCGAUCAACCAACGACGCCUGUAGGGGCCGACAUUUGCGUGCAGAUGGUGACCGAGGGCGGAGGCCUGUGGAGAAACGUAGACUGCUUUGGCAAAGCCGGAUAUAUCUGCCAGGCACCAUUGGUGGAGGCUACCCUCGCAGUCCCUACAACUUCAAAGGCUCCGCCUACCCCAAAAGUCGAACCACAGGGCGGCCUAUCAAUUGAGGCGGUCAUCGGCAUCUCGGUGGGCUGCGGGGGCGUCCUGAUGAUCAUCCUCCUGGCAGCUACGUGCUACUUCACCGAGAAAAGCCACAUGAAGAAGAAGAUGUACGCCAAACAGAGGGAAGCAUCGUAUAGAAGGGAAAUUUAAAUCCAUUCUUACAUUUUAUUUCCCUUUGUUUUGUUAUCUUGAUUGCUCCUUGUUUCUUCUUUGUUUUCCAAAUUUAGAUUGGUCUGGAGCAGGGUUCGACCUUAACUUUUUUGUUCACUAGCCAGC